AUGUGGGCCUCAAUUUCGACGCUUCGCUGCUUGGUCGUGCUUCAGGCAUUUAUGCUUCUAGCCACUGUCGCGUUUGGCAAGUGUUUUGAUGUUCGGACGAUGCUUAUCUUCAUUACUUAGCUUAUUAUAUGACGCUUGAGGAAACAUAAAAACGCAUUUUGCAUCUAACGAAUUGUCCGCAGUACUUUACGUUAAACACACAUGAAAAGUAGAAAUAAUAUAGCUAUUUUUAUAAUGAACUUAAGCGUGUGGUUUAAUCCUCCCUGCUUUUAGAAUACAUUGGCAAAUCACCAGCUUAUGAACUGUGCAAACAGCAAAAUAGGGAAUGCGAACUUGUGGAGUACAGAGCUGAAGAUGAAACCAAGGGCGCCGGCUGUCGUGCGGCGUGUGCAAGACAACGAGGUUUGCCCUAAAUAGUUGUACUUACCCCUACCAUAUGCUAAUUCGACCUGACUAAUUAGAGGUUUGAGCGCAAUCUGAUUGUUGGCUAGAGUUUGUAGUACAAGUAACCAAUUACCCGUUGCUUUUAGGAGACCUUAAUGAGAAAAUGACAGUGCACUUCUGCGAAGAAUACAAUAAGCCUUGCAAGCCGUACGAAGUUUACGGAAGAAGUGGAUAUGCAGAAAACUUUGAAAGGCACGCCAUGUGCGUCAAACUGUGCCACUUUGUUGCGAAAGGUAAACUACACUAUCCGCCAGUCUUUCGUGUGAUCUUAUCCAACUGACUAUUCUAGACAUUUUUAGCACUGCUGAAAAUGUUCUGCAAAAUCCUUUAUUCAUUACAAAUUUGGGCAGUCGGAACUCACACGCAAAUGAUUGUUAAUUUUUGAUUUUUAGUGGAGCACAGCUCAGAAGACACCUUCGAAAUGUGUUCGCAAACCAUGGACCCAUGCCUUGACAUAAAACGCAUAAAUGGCACCUUCAAUGCCUUUAAUAAAUGCGCAUUCAAAUGCGACGGCUGGACCAGACGUGAGUUAAUACUAAUGAGCUAGUAUUAUAACUUAUGCCCAUGGGCUUGUUGUUGUAACAGACCGUUUUUUCUCCUCAAGUGGAAAACAGCUUGGAAGACACAGCGUCUUUCUGUCCCAAUGAAGGCUUCUGUACGGAUGCCAAGUUUUUCAGCAAUCCAAAAGCAGGAAAUGCCUUCGCCGGUCUAAAGACAUGCUUCACAAAUUGCAUGUCAGGUUAGACUAGAUAUUCCGAUUUCAAAAGCAGAACACAUUCUGAGUCUGUGCUAUUAAAUUAAACGCUCUAUAGCAUUGGGUAGUGGCCUCACCGAAAUGACAAAUAUUAUGUUUAUAGAAGCCUUCAGCAGCAAUCAGACUUGAGGCUUCCUAUUGAUUUACUUCCAUGAUACCCGUUUUACGUAUACUUUCGAAGAGAACAAACAUAUCGUUAGGUUUUCAAGGUAUUGAUCUCUUCAGAAACUAGACUUUGCAAGUUAACCCUUAUUUAAACCGGCUACCGAUGCGUUUAUAAACUUGCAACUGGCAGGCCGUUAUAACGUGUCUUAAAACGCAAUUGCGUGCUAUUAAGUAUGAUAUACGUUCUAUUUUGAUUGAGUGCGGGAUGAUUAUAUAUGUUAUGUCGUUAAAAGGCCUGAAUUGGAUGGUUUAUCCAGGAAAUAGCUAACGCAAUCUAUGUUCUUUAUUUUAGCAUAA